CGGAUUGGUUCACGUUAGCGAGGCACGCCCAUGGGCGGGGCUUUGGUUAUCUUGAAGCGCUGUUCACUAGGACUGCUAGUAGUAGGUCGCCCUCGACGCUCACGGCUGGAAGACGAGUGGAUCUUCUCAAGUUUUCCUUAUAAAAGGAAGAAGAAAAAAAAAAUCACCAACUUUCCUGCGCCAUUGGAUGCACGUUACGCCCGUUGGUCUGGAUUAAUUUUUUCCCACCUACCUGAAUUUGAGUUCUUUUUAAUUUACAUUAAAACCACAUCAAGAAUAAUGGGAUCCCAGGCAUCAAAGGGAGGAGUGGCUGUGGAGGGGAAAGCCGCCGAUGCUGACCCGACUGCCGUCAAGACUAACGGACAGGAGAACGGCCACGUUAAGACCAAUGGCGAUGUCUCUGCCAAAGCAGAGGGAGAUGCCGCCACCACCAACGGUUCUGCGGAGGCAGCCAAGGAAUCUGAGGCUGGAGCCGGCGACGCCAUCGAACCUGCGCCUGCCGCUGAGGGAGAGGCUGCUAAACCCGAGGGCGAGGCCACCAAGGAGACCCCCAAGAAGAAGAAGAAGAAGUUCUCCCUGAAGAACUCCUUCAAAUUCAAGGGCAUCUCGCUGAAGAAGAACAAGAAGAGUGCCGAGGUGAAGGAAGAAGCUGCCGCUGAGUCUGCUCCGGCUGCCGAAGAGAAGCCUGAGGAGAACGGGGCGGCUGCUGAGGAGAAGAAGGAGGAGGAGGCCAAGGCUGAGGAGACACCCGCCCCUGCCGAGACCCCCAAGGCCGAGGAACCUGCUGCCAAGGCUGAGGAACCUGCUGCCCCCAAGGAAGAGGCUGCUGCAGAGCCCACAAAACCAACAGAGGAGACCAGCUCAACACCUGCACCAUCCGAACAGAAAGAGUGAUUGUACUUCACAAAAGGACUUUGUGAACUGUUUUUCCAAGAAAAAAAAAAUAUAUAUUUAUAUAUAUGUGUAUAUGUAUACAUAUGUAUAUAUACAUGGAUAUAUGUAUAUGUAUAUAUACACAUGUAUGUGAAAAAAAGACUCCUCGUGCCACUUUCUUCAAGAUUAAUAACAAAUGACAGACUAGAUUCACUAGUUCACUUCCCUGAUUAAUGGCUCAAAGAUCUGGAAUUCCGAGCGAAGGCCGAAACCUCUUGGAAGCGGGAUGUCAACGCAAGAGUGAGUUGAGGAUGAGAUGAGAUCAAGGAGGAGCAUCUUUCAAGCCCACCACCGAAUAGAUGCGACUAUACCGAUGAAUUACGCAAGAUCAACAUCACCACAUAUAAUGAC